AUGGCUACAACCUGCACAUGCCCCUUGCUUCUCUCCCUCAUCUUCACAUUCUUCAUUCUCACUUCGUCAUCGUCACCAUCUGAGGCAGACGUUCUUCUCAGCUUCAAAGCCUCUAUUAGUGAUUCGUCAAACUCUCUCUCAACUUGGUCCAACACCUCUGAGACCCACCAUUGUAAUUGGACUGGCAUUACUUGCACUACCAUAUCUUCAGUACUCUCUGUAACUUCUCUAAACCUUCAAAGCUUCAACCUUUAUGGUGAAAUCUCAUCCUCAGUAUGUAAACUUCCCAAUCUGUUUCUGCUCAACCUUGCUGACAAUCUCUUCAACCAAUCCAUUCCUCUCCAUCUCUCACAGUGCACUUCUCUGGAGACUUUGAAUCUCAGCAACAAUCUCAUCUGGGGUCCAAUCCCAAUUCAGAUUUCUCAGUUUGGUUCUUUGAGAGUUCUUGACUUGAGCAAAAACCAUGUUGAGGGAAACAUCCCAGAAAGCUUAGCCUCACUUAACAAGCUCCAAGUUCUCAACUUGGGAAGCAACUUGAUUUCAGGUAAUGUGCCUUCUAUAUUUGGAAAUUUGAGUGAGCUAGUUGUGCUUGAUGUGUCUCAGAAUUCAUACUUGAUGAGUGAGAUUCCCACUGAUAUUGGGAAGCUUGUGAAGCUUGAGAAGUUAUUCUUGCAAAGCUCAAGUUUUCAUGGUGAAAUUCCUGAUUCUUUGGUGGGUAUGCAAUCUUUGACUGUUUUAGACCUGUCCCAGAACAACUUAACUGGUAGGAUACCUCAGACACUAGGGACUUCUCUUAAGAACUUGGUGUCUUUUGAUGUUUCAGUGAAUAGGCUUUCUGGGUCAUUCCCAAAUGGUAUAUGUAGUGGAAAAGGCCUUAUAAACCUCAGCCUCCAUACCAAUGUGUUCAAUGGUUCAGUACCCAAUUCUAUUAGUGAAUGCUUAAAUCUGGAGACGUUUGAAGUUCAGAACAAUUUGUUGUCUGGUGAUUUCCCUGUUGAGUUAUGGUCACUGCCCAAAAUAAAACUCUUAAGGGCUGAAAAUAAUGGAUUUUCUGGAGCAAUACCUAACUCAGUGUCAAAGGCUGGUCAAUUGGAGCAAGUUCAAAUAGAUAACAACAGUUUCACUAGCAUAAUUCCUCAGGGUCUUGGGUUAGUGAAGGGCUUAUAUAGAUUCUCAGCUUCUUUGAAUGGUUUAUAUGGUGAACUGCCUCCAAAUUUCUGUGACUCCCCUGUUCUGAGCAUUGUAAACCUCUCCCACAAUUCUCUUUCGGGUCAAAUUCCGGAGCUUAGGAAAUGCAGGAAGCUAGUGUCUUUGUCUUUGGCAGACAAUAAGCUUAGUGGGAAUAUUGGAUCAUCUCUUGGUGAAUUACCAGUACUGACUUAUCUUGAUCUUUCGGAUAAUAUGCUUAAUGGUGAGAUUCCUCAGGAGCUUCAGAACUUGAAGCUUGCGCUCUUCAAUGUUUCCUUUAAUCAGCUUUCUGGUAGAGUCCCCUAUUCCUUAAUUUCAGGUCUCCCAGCUUCGUUCCUCCAAGGAAAUCCAGAACUUUGUGGGCCAGGAUUACUCCAUUCUUGUUCUGAUGACCAGCCAAGGCACCAUUCUUCUGAUCUUACAACCUUGACCUGUGCCCUGAUCUCCAUAGCCUUUGCUGUUGGAACUCUGACUAUUGCUGGUGCCUAUAUUGCUUAUCGUCGAUACUACAAGCAAAGACCUCAAACUGGCUUAUGGCGUUCAGUUUUCUUUUAUCCUCUGAGAGUCACCGAGAAUGAUUUGAUAAUGGGAAUGGAUGAGAAAAGUUCAGGAAGAGAUGCUGGAGUAUUUGGCAAAAUAUACAUUGUGAGUCUACCAAGCGGUGAACUUGUUGCUGUAAAGAAGCUUGUGAAUUUCAGAGUCCAUUCAUCGAAAACAUUGAAGGCUGAUAUCAAGACCUUAGCCAAAAUCAGGCACAAGAACAUAGUAAAAGUUCUUGGGUACUGCUAUUCGGAUGAUGCGAUUUUUCUGAUAUAUGAGUUCUUACAGAAUGGGAGCUUGGGGGACAUGAUCUGCAGACCUGAUUUUGAUUUGCAGUGGAGUGUUAGGUUGAGAAUUGCCAUUGGUGUUGCUCAAGGGCUGGCAUACCUUCACAAGGAUUAUGUUCCUCAUUUACUCCAUAGAAAUGUCAAAUCGAAAAAUAUCCUUUUGGAUGCUGAUUUUGAACCAAAGCUCACAGAUUUUGGUCUAAACAAAAUUCUCGGAGAUGCUGCCUUUCAGUCAAGAAUGGCUUCAGAAUCUGCUUUCUCUUGUUACAAUGCACCAGAAAACCAGUACAGUAAGAAAGCAACUGAACAAAUGGAUGUGUACAGCUUUGGUGUUGUACUAUUAGAGCUAGUGACAGGUCGGCAAGCAGAGCAAGCAUUACCGUCUGAGCCUCUUGAUAUAGUGAAGUGGGUACGACGAAAGGUCAACAUCACAAACGGGGCAGUCCAAGUUCUUGAUCCCAAGGUCACAAGUUCAUCCCAACAAGAGAUGCUAGUAGCCCUAGAAAUUGCUCUGCAUUGCACUUAUGUGAUGCCGGAAAAGAGACCAUCAAUGUCUGAAGUUGUGAAAUCACUUCAGUCCCUUGUCUUGAUGACUCACACUGCUGUUAUAGACUUUUCUGCAUUUGAGGAGCAUUCGGUUGUCUGA